CAUCUAACGUGAUCAUCAUCAUCAAUGAUGAGAUGUUCUCGGACGCCUUCAAAGUUAAGGAAACCGACCUCUUCUAUGAAGUUGAAGGAAAGACCGUCACCAGGACAGAAGGCUUCGAUGAGGCUUUAAUUUCGGCCAACGCCUCUGCAGAAGAGGCGUCGGAGGGCACUGAUUCGACCUCAGUCUCUGGCGUAGACAUCGUCCUCAACCACAAACUGCAGGAGACGGGCUACGACAAGAAGCAGUACCUAAAGCACAUGAAAGACUACGUGAAGGCCGUUAAGGCCAAGCUGGAAGAGACCAAUCCAGGGAGAGUGCAGGCCUUCGUGGAGGGCAUCACACCAGAAGUUAAGAAGAUUGUGGCUAAUCUCGGCAACUACCAGUUCUUCACAGGAGAGUCGAUGAACCCAGAUGGCAUGGUUGGACUGCUGGACUACCGCGAGGAUAACAUCACGCCAUACAUGCUGUUCUUCAAAGAUGGUCUGCUGGUUGAGAAAUGCUAACCACCUGGAACUACAUCUGCUUUUCAAUUGGCUGCUGUUUCCCAAAUGGGUCAAGAGCGGACAGAAGGGGCGCUAUUUUGCAUCAAGACAGAACAGAAACCUACGACACCGUGCCCAGGGCUGGGUGAAUCAAACACCAUUGGUCAUUGAAUACUGUCAACAUUUUUUCUUUUUGGCUUUUGCAGUGUUUGAUUAUCAUCCCAGGAUUGGCCCAGUUUUUGUGAAAAUCAGGACAGUGGACUGAAUGAGGAUGUUUUUUUCUUCUGUCUGCGUACUAUUUUAGCAAUGAUCUAUAAUAUUUAGGUUGACCUCCUCAGACAUCUUAUGGUUGCAUUAAAUACGAUUCCAUCGACAAUGAAAAUACUUCUGGUUUAAUUUGACAAUAAAAUCUCGUACCACCA